AUGCGAGGGAAAAAAAAGCUUAACGGUAGGGUUUCGCGUUUGUCUCGAAAAUUCUCGCCGCAUACGUCUGGAAAAAGUGAAUCUCACCGCCGUCGUUGAUGAAGACGAUGGAGACGACAACGCUCAGGAGAGCACCGGUGAGACCGAGCUCGAGAAGGUCGAGAAGGUGAUCAGACAGGAGCGCCAGGUGGCUGAAGGUGAGCCUCGCUCAAUUGCAUGCCAAAUUUGUUGCAUACACGCAGGCAGAGAGGGGGCACAGGUAGCCAGACAGAUGGGCAGUCAGCUGCGUGGGAGGGAGGGAUGCGUGUGUGUGAUGGCACUGCACAUGCCUGGCCUCAAUUGGUGUUGGUUCUGUGGGUGGGGUGUUGCAGAGCUGGCCCGUUACGACCGCGGGCAGCUGUUUGAGCUGUGGGAGGAGAAGGAGUACCUGAAGGGUAGGCCCCAACACCGGCAUACCUCCCUGUCAGUCGCUGUCAGUUCUUUAUGUGGUGUCUGGCUGUGUGUGGUCCACGGCGUGCAGGCCUUGUGAAUAAGUGGAGGCAGAGGCAGCAGGCGGACGCAGAGAGACUGAAUAAGGCUCUCAACAACAUGGAGAAGGCCAAAUCGAACCAGGUGCAUACACGAAUAUGGCUUGUCGGCAUGUCGGCGGGCAGAUCUAGAUCUCCUUUCUGUCUGCGUGCUUGUGUGUGAUGUUGUGAGUACAGGAAAUACUCGUCGCCGCUGCCGCCAAACUGGAGGUCAGUGGCUGAGCCCCCCUCUCCCCCUACACCCAGACACACAAAGAGACAAAGCGAGCGAUCGAGCGAAGACUCUUUCCCUUUUUCUUUCUGCGGCUCACAGGAGGAGAAGGAGGAGCUAGAGAAGGAAAACGCCGCGCUGAAGGCCACGAUAGCCAAGCUGCAGCAGGUACACAUGCGUACUGCACAGACCCACACAUGCUGGGAGAGAGACAGAGGGGUGGGGGGGCACAACACACGCAGCCACCACCUCUAUAUGUGGGGUGUGUGUACAGGCGCAGUUGUCAAGCGCGGCUGAUGAUGGGGGUGCCGCGGACGUGGAGGUACGCGUGCGUAUAUGAUAUGGGUGGCUGCGGUUAUGCAUGCAGCUUCUCUUCCCUCUGUGUGUGUAUGGCAGGACGAGUCGGCCGAGACGUAGACAGAACACCCAGUCGGACACACACACACAUUUCAUUGAUCCAUCCAUACAUGUACGUAGCUAAAAGGGGGAGGAGAGGGGCAUCCCAUCCGACGACAUCACAUCACACACGAAAGACAGACCGAUAGAAUGCAGACGCACCGUGACGCGCCUUUUUUUCUCUUGACCCACCCACCCACCCACCCACCGACCCACCCACCGACAAACUACCGACAGACAGAUGUAUUUGCACUUCCUUGUUUUUCCUUGGUUCAUUUAUGGAUCGAUGCACUGGAUGGACGUUGAUUUAUUGCCUAGGACGCUUCCGCCUGCACAUUUGUCUGUCCGCCCGGCUGCUAAGUUGGCUGUCUUGCUUUGUGUGGUUUGUGUGUGUGUGUGUGUAUGUGUGAUUGUGUGUACAGCUGUCUGUCUGUCCGUCCGUGGAAAGCGUUGUGUAUAAUGGAUGUAUUGUUGGCUGGCUGACUGAUGUGCAUGGCAAGAGACCUGCCUCCAUCCCUCGGUGUGUGUAUAUAAAUUUCAAGGAGACGUCAGUCACAGGUG